UUUUAUUAAAUCCCUCGAAACAUCCAACGUUGAAUCACGUACAGUGAUUGAGUGAGUGAGAGUCAAUAUGGUUUUUAUAGAUAAGCUGAGGUGAGGGAGCCAUUUUCACGGCGGUGAAUAUUCUAAAUGCGUUUCAAAUCCGAGAACCAUUUGUUUCCGUUGAAUUAAAAAAGUAAAUGUAUAUAUAAAUCACAGUCAGGGAAAAUGGCAGACAUUUGGCUGACUGCCAGCUCCAACAAAUCCGCUACAAUACGACUUUGAUCAAUUGAGGACACCUCCGGUUUUCCUUUGUUAUUAGGAGGAGAACUUUUUUUUUUUCGGGGGAAAAAAUCUUGUAAAAAAAGGAGACUGUAAUUCUCUUAGCCCGUCUGACACUUGGUUCUAGAACAAAGAAUUCCGCAAGUUGGAUUGAUGCGCAAUGCAGAGGUCGCGUAAAGCUCUUCUACAAAGGAGAGCAAUUUGGGGCAGGAAUCGGCUGUAUAAAGUCUCUGCUUCUGUUGUUGUUGUGCUAUGGGGCCUUGUCUUUCUCUUAAAUACUUGGAUCGGCCAUGGAGAUGGUGAAAAAGGUCAGCCUUCCAGGCAUUUACUAAUUUAGACGGAGUACCGUUUCUAAAUUCCUCUUUGCUGAGCUUUUCUUGCAUCAUACCACAUCUGGAGAGGUAUUCAUGGAGCAUAGUUAGAAUUUCUCCAAUAUCAAGCUCUUGCGUGUUUUGAAAUAAAAAGCUCAAGAUUUCUUUAUAAGCUUGACAGUGUGUUCCCCAAGAAGAGAACUUUUUUGGCAAUGUAGUGGAACUUAUUUACAUCCAAGAUCUCCCUGUUACCUCCAUAUAUAUGAAGUCACAUUUUUGUGUUUGUAAUCUCCUCACACAGUGAAAUUUCCUUUUUGCAUGAUUAACGUAGAUAAACGAGAAGAUUAUUCUGUUAAUCAAACGAGAUGGGAUGAAGACGAAAUCAUUUUUGUAAAUGGAGCAAAUUAUGCAUUAUCUGUGGAUGAGCACCCAUCAGAGGCAAUUGCCUCUGAAGAUUCUUCUGCACAGACAUACGUACCUUGUAAUGGAACAAAUCUUAGUACGGGCAAAGUGGAGAACGUAAUCACAGAAUCCACUGCCGACGAAGCUUCCACUAAGAAGAAUUUGCUGGCUAAUACGGUAAAGGAGAAUCCCAAGAUUGACAGGUUAUCCCGUGGAGUGCCUCCUGGGCUAGAUGAGUUCAAGAAUAAAGCAAUCAAUUCUAAAAGUAGUUAUCUAACAGACCAGGCUGGAGGCAUUGUACACAGAGUCGAGCCCGGUGGGGCGGAAUACAAUUAUGCAUCUGCUUCUAAAGGAGCAAAGGUUGUGUCCUACAACAAGGAAGCAAAGGGUGCCUCCAAUAUCUUGAACGGCGACAAAGACAAGUACCUUCGAAACCCUUGCUCGACCGAACAGAAGUUUGUCGUGAUAGAGCUUUCUGAAGAAACUCUUGUAGACACGAUUGAAAUUGCGAAUUUCGAGCAUCAUUCAUCUAAUUUGAAAGAUUUCCAGUUAUUAGGCAGCCCGGUUUAUCCUACCGACUCAUGGGUCAAACUCGGGAAUUUUACUGCUGCGAACGUGAAGCAUGCUCAGAGGUUUGUUCUUCCAGAGCCGAAAUGGGUGAGGUAUCUCAAAUUGAACCUGCUCAGUCAUCAUGGCUCGGAGUUUUACUGUACACUGAGUGUGUUGGAAGUGUACGGUGUUGAUGCUGUUGAGAAAAUGCUAGAGGACUUGGUUUUAGACGGAAAAAACCCCGGUUUAAGCCCGCCCUCGGCAACUGAAGGUGAUGGUUAUGAAGUUAUUGCGGAAGAACCUGACUUGAUGAUUGAGUCAUCACCAGAUGUGAAACGUGGAAGACUCGAAAUUGAGGUGCCCGACCCAAUUGAGGAAAUCCGUCACCAGCAGGUUAAUAGGGUGCCCGGGGAUAGUGUCCUUAAGAUUCUGAUGAAAAAGGUGAGAUCUUUGGAUUUGAAUUUAGCAGUUCUGGAGAGAUAUUUAGAGGAGCUGAAUUCCCGAUAUGGUGACAUUUUGAAAGAAUUUGAUAAUGAUGUCGGGGAUAAUUAUGUACUUCUGGAGAAGAUCGUGUCAGAUGUUCGGAGACUCUCUGAAAGCAAAGAGGACAUGAGUAAGGAGAUCGGUGAUCUUAUGUCUUGGAAAUCUCUUGUUUUUACGCAGCUGGACAGCGUACUGAAAGAGAAUUCCCUUCUCAGAUUGGAGGUUGAAAAGGUUCGGAGGAAUCAAUUGCAUCUGGAGAACAAAGGAAUUGUAAUUUUUCUCAUAUGUGUAGUUUUCGGAUUCUUAGCUAUCAUAAGGUCAUUUGCAGAAAUGGCAUCAAAUGUUGUGAAUAGAUCCCAAAAUCCCAGGAAAUUUUGUUCGCUGAGAUCAUCCUGGUUUUACCUCCUACUUAGCUGUAGCGUUAUUAUAAUCAUCCUCUCCUUAUAAUACAUCCAUAAAUCUUGUAAUCUAUCAAUUCUUUGGGCACAUCACAUGGAAAUGGAGUACAGUUUUUCUCAAUUCCAGCAAUAUCUAUAUUAGUUGGUAG